AUGAUCGUCCCCUUUAUUCUGUCUGUCGUCGCGGGCGGCCUCUUUGUCUUUCUCGUCAGCUAUGGCUACCAGUUCCUUGCUUACCUUGGCCGCGGCCUGCGCAAUUCGUGGCCAACAAAGUACCAGCCCGCUGAGGACUCCAAGAACAACCACAUCCAGAUUAUCGUGCUGGGCGACAUUGGACGCAGCCCCCGCAUGCAGUACCACGCCAUCAGCAUCGCCAAGCACGGAAAGAAGGUGGACAUUAUUGCCCUGAAAGAAACUGCUCGCCAUCCUGAGCUCAUCGGCAACCCCAAUGCCACACUCUACCCUUUGGAUCCUCUCCCCGAGUGGCUUGCCUGGGGCAACUUGAGCUUCCUCGUUCAGAUUCCUGGCAAGGUCAUCCAGCAGAUCUGGACUCUGUUUGACACAAUGAUGUACCGUGCGCCUGCCGCUGAAUGGAUCAUUAUUCAGAACCCUCCAUCUAUUCCAACUUUCCAUGUAGCCCUGUUUGUCGCUUGGAUGCGCGGAAGCAAGGUCAUCAUCGACUGGCACAACUACGGCCACACCAUCCUCGCGCAAAAAGGCAAGCUCUACGCGCCUCUCGUCCCCCUCUACCGCUGGUAUGAGUUCUUCUUUGGACGCCGCCUCUGCAACGCCAAUAUUGCUGUCACUGAUGCCAUGGCCAAACAACUGAACGCCGGCAAAUUCAACCUUGGAAAACCCGUUCAUACCCUGCAUGACCGGCCCGCCGCCAUUUUUCAGCCCAUUACCUCGCUCAAGGAGCGAGAACAGGUCCUCAUGCGCAUCCCAGAGACGCAGUCUCAGGCCCAGGAUAUUCUCGACGCCAACGUCCGCUUGAUUGUCAGCAGUACCUCCUGGACCGCCGACGAAGAUUUUAGCAUCCUUCUCAGCGCCCUCGUCGCCUACGCGGGCAUUCGUGAGGUGGACGACAACAGCGAACCCGCCUCUCCCAUCCUAGUCAUCAUCACCGGCAAAGGACCCCAAAGAAAGAUGUACUUGGACAAGAUUAAGGAGCUCACCGACGGUGGGCAGCUUCCCGGUAUCAAAGUCGUAGCUGCCUGGCUGUCCAACCGUGAUUACGCUCAGCUCUUGGCGGCUGCUGACCUUGGUAUUUCCCUACACAAGUCUUCGUCUGGUGUGGAUCUGCCGAUGAAGGUUGUCGACAUGUUUGGUGCAGGCCUGCCUGUUGUAGCCUACUCCAAGUUUGAGAGCUUCAGCGAACUCGUCAAAGAGAGCAUCAAUGGAUGUGGUUUCGAGACUGCGUCGGAGCUAAACCUCCUCUUCAAGAGGCUAUUAGCCGGUGACGGUGCCGAGGAGCUCGCUACCCUAAAAAAAGGAGCGAUCAAAGAAGGUCUCCUACGUUGGGACGAAGAAUGGGAUCGGGUCGUUGCUCCCAUUCUCGGUCUGGAAAGUAAGGAGUAG